UAUUUUUGUUUGUUUAUUUAAUUUUAAACCAAGGAUAUUAGGGAUAUUUUACCUUUUAAUGAAUGUCAUUUUUGUGACUUUCUCCUUUUAGUGCUAUUUUUGAGACAUAAACUUCAAAAGGUGCUAUUAUUGACAAUUUCCCUAUAUUAAACUAAAUUAUUAAAUGUAAUAUAGUUAAAAUUAAUAUCAAACAUAGGAUUAAAUCAACACAAAGAUAUUUUGGUAAUUUGUUUACUAAACUUAUUUGAAUAGAAAUGAAAAUAAAGAAACAAACAUAAGAUUCAUUUAGAUGAUUCAUCUAGAUGAACUAUGUGGAUGGACAAACAAACAAUCAUAAAAAUUUGAAUGGAUCAUCUGAAUAGAUCAUACAAAUAAAUCAUGGAGAUGACAAAUAGUGAAACAAACAGUCCCCGAUUCGUGACAAUAGACGAAAGUUCUACUAGUUUGUUCACUGUUUAUGUAAGCCCACCGUUAUCAUCGUAGGCCCAUUUAAGCACUUCAAUUAGCAUCAUUCAAAUCCUUGUUUGUUUUUUAAUAAUCCUUUAAAUAUUUGAAAGUUAUUUUACCAAAAAAAAAUAUAUAUAUAUUUUGAAAGUUAAAAAAAGAGGUAAUUUUUCUCUCUUUCUUGGUUAACGUGUACCGUCCACACCGACCAUUAAUUGGUUGGCGAAACACAAUGUGUUUGGACAUGUACUAUAUGUUUUUAUAACCUUUCAAGAAAAGCACAAAACCUUGUUCCGAUCAAUGUUUAUGCUUCAACGGGAAACUAGUGCUAAGUAUCAUUAAAUUAACUUAUAAUUAAAAAUAAACAUAAAACAAGUAGUUGAGGGAGUGGUGAUAAACUCAAAACACUAUAAAUAGAGUGUGGUUGAGCUGUGUAACUCAUCAAUCCUCACAACUUACAAAGCAAAGUAUUUUUCGCAAUCAAAAGUGUGUGUUUACGUAGUUUUUUGGUGUUAGCUAGUUACUUGUUUUAAGAGAUGGGGGAUCAUCCUCGUUCAAGUGAGCAACAAGAAGCUGAUGAUGCAGCUUCCAAAGGUUGUGGAAUGUUUGACUUUCUCAAGAAGAAACCUGAAGAUGAGCAUGUCUAUGUGACUGACGCGACGAAGGAAAAAAAGGAAGAGGAGACACCUUCCCUUGCGGCAAGGCUUCACCGUUCUGGCAGCUCUUCGAGUGAUGAAGAAGUGGAUGAAAAUGGGGAAAAGAAGAAGAGGAAAGGAUUGAAGGAGAAGGUGUUUGGUCACAAGGAUGAAGAUCAUGUUUCUGAUGAUCAUCAAUAUACAACUGAGGAGAAGAAGGGCGUCACGGAGAAGAUCAUGUUAAAAGUUCAUGCAGGUAAAGGGACUCAUGAGCAAGCCAACAAGCAUGAGCAUGAAGAUGGGGAGAAGAAAGGGUUUAUGGAGAAGAUGAAGGAGAAGCUUCCUGCAGCUGGAGGUCAUCAUGACCAAGCCAACAAGCCUGAACCUCAGGAGGAUGGGAAAGAGAAAGGGUUUAUGGAAAAGAUCAAGGGGAAGCUUCCUGCACCUGGAGGUCAUCAUGACCAAGCCAACAAGCAUGAGCAUAAUGAGGAUGGGAAGGAGAAAGGGUUUAUGGACAAGAUUAAGGAGAAGAUUCCUGGAGGUCACAAUGGAAAGCCCGAAGUUGAGCCUCAUCAUGAAAAUGGUAAAGAGAAAGGGUUUAUGGAGAAGAUCAAGGAGAAGCUCCCUGGUCAUAUCAAGCAUGAUGACAGUGAUGAGAAGAAAAAGGAAACUUAGUCGUUCGUAAACCCCUUUUUUUUUAACUUUCUUGAAUCAGCUUUCUGUUUUCAGCACUUUGCUUCAUCAUCUUCUUGUAUUGUGAUCACCUCAUCAUGUCAAUGAAGUGCCAACUUUCCCUUUGAAAACUCAUGAAUGCGUGACAUUUUGUUCUGUUCUCUUUGAAAGCUUUGUUUCAAUUUCGCUUUAAGAUACUUUUGACACAUAAGAUGAACAACCUAUCUUCCUAUCUAGGCCUAAUCAGUUUAAGUUUGGACCCAAUAAAGGCCAACUUAAUCUCUAUAUGUUGCAUGAUUGACUGUCGAGACUUGAUUACAAGAUAAGUCAGAAAAAAAUGUGAGAGAAGUGAGAACACAAACACGGUGACUGUGUAUGAUCAGGUUGAAAGAGAAAUGGGAAAGACGUCUCUCUCAACGGGAAGAAAAAGAAGAAGAUGUGACUUUUGUCAGUUUGUGUUUCUAGUUGUCACUCACUUACGUGUUAAUGCAAUUGGUAUAUAUUGAAAACGAAGCUUAUAAAAGAAAAACUUGACGCUGAAAGUGAAAGGAGGACACAAACUUGAAUAACCAAAACUUUUUUUUUUUGAGCAACCAAAAACCUUAACAAUGAUAUAUGAGCUGUUUAUGACGUUACCAUUGAAUUUUUUGUUAAUAUAGUAAAAAUAGUGUAAUCUAUUUGAACAAAAGACAAAUUCUUUGCGCCGCAAAACCAAAUUAUCCAACAUUUUAUGCGUUUAAUUUCUGUUUUUUUGUCUUUUAUUUUGUCUAUGAGAGGCUCUCUCUUCUCUCUUUACAAAGAGAAUUUUUUUUCAUGUUCUCUCAUCUCUAUCUUUCAGAGGAUAUGAACUUUCUAGUGGAAAAAGACUUUCUUUUGUUGUAAAAUAAUUCUUUGAUUUCUAGAUCGAUUUUAUUUUUCGCGUUAGGCAAUUUUCAGUUUUGCAUGGGCGAUUUUUUUGGAGUGUCUUUCAAUCUCUCUCGAAAUUGUUCUUCAAGUCUUUUUUUUUUUAAUUUGAUCAUUUUUCAGCCAAUUCAUAGAUAAAAGGAAGAAACCUUUAUCUUUAUCGAUAAAGAUUGAAAUAAUCAGUUUUCACUGUCUGAUACACAUAACCGUGGAGAGGAGAUCUGAGCUGACACAUACGCCAGACUUAUGAGACAUCAGUUCAAUCUUGAGAGUUUUGGAGAUAGAUUGCAGAAGAUAGAAGAUGCAACUACAAUAAUGAAGGACAAAUGGCACAGUCUUGGAGACUUAUGAUCUCUCUCUCUCUCUCUCUCUCUCUCUCUCUCUCUCUCUCAAGAGAUCCAGGAUCUUCGUCAAGGUUUAAUGUCGUUGUCUGACUACUACACUAGCUGAAGGCCUUAUGGGAUAAUCUGGAGAGCACUGAUGAUCCUGACCAGCCAUGUGUUUGUGAAAAUGUAGUUUAUAAUCAACUGAAAGCUGAAUGUGCAAAGAUUGUCAAAUUCUUGGCAGGCCUCAAUGAAUCAUAUGCUAUCAUCCGACCACAGAUAAUCAUGAAGAAAGUUUUUCCUUCUUUGGUUGAAGUUUACAACAUUUUGGAUCAAGAUGAAAGUCAAAGAGGAUUCUCCACCAGUGUUCCACCUCAGGCUACGUUUCAAAUCUCAUCGGAAGCCUCAACUCUUUUGACUGAUCAGUCUAUCUCUUAUGUUCAGAAUGGUCCUAAUAAAGGUCGUCCUAUAUGCUCUUUCGGCAAGCGUGUGGAACAUAUUGCGGAAAGGUGCUACAAGAAGCAUGGAUUUCCUCCUGGUUUUGUUUCUAAGUACAAGCCUACGGAGAAAAAUACUUCCUCUCCCAAGAUUGCAGCUCAGAUUUCCCUAUCUACCUCCACUCCGGCUUCUGUUCAACCUCAAACCGUUGAGAAUAUGAUUGGGAAUCUCAGCAAGGAUCAGAUACAACAGUUCAUUGCUUUAUUCAGCUCUCAGCUACAAGCUCCCUCAGGUUCUGGUCAAACUGAAGCUGUUGCAUCUACUUCUGGUGUCUUCUUUUCUCCUCUGACUUAUAACUUUGUUGGUAUACUUAUGGUAUCUCAACAUCUUUUAUCAAGUCAAACAUGAGUAAUUGAUUAUGAAGCCACUCAUCAUGUUGCUCAUGAUCAGCAUAUCUUUUUAUCCAUGGAUUCAUUUCUUACCAGCUCUGUUAAUCUUCCAACUGGUUCCACUAUUAAAGUCAAUGGUGUGGGAACUAUCAGAUUGAAUGAUCACAUUCUUCUCCAUUAUGUUCUCUUCAUUCCAGAGUUCAGAUUGAAUCUUCUCAGUAUAAGCUCGUUAACUGAUGAUAUUGGCCCUUCUGUGAUAUGUGAUUUUUGAUCCUUCUUCUUGCAAAAUUCAGGAUCCUAUCAAGGCGUUGACGAUUGGUCAGGGUAGAAGAUUGGGGAACCUCUAUGUCUUGGAUACACAAGCAUCAUCUAUCUCAGUUCAGGCGGUUGUUGAUAUUGGUACUUGGCAUCAGAGGCUUGGUCACCCAUCAUAUUCGAAGAUAGACACCAUCUCUGGAGUUAUAGGAACUGCGAAGUUGAAGAAUAAAGGCAAAUCUUAUUGCCAUACUUGUCAUCUGGCUAAACAGAAGAAAUUGUCUUACAUCUCUCACAAAAACAUUUGUAAAGACAGUUUUGAAAUGUUUCAUAUUGACAUUAGGGGUCCAUUCUCAGUUGAUAUUAUUGAUGGUUUUCGUUAUUUCUUAACUAUUAUGGAUGAUCACUCACGUGCAACUUGGAUUUAUCUGCUUCGAACCAAAGAUGAAGUUAUCAAAUUAUUUCCUACUUUCAUCCAACAGGUUGAAACAAAGUAUGGUGUGAAAAUUAAAUCGGUUCGCUCAGAUAAUGCCCAUGCAUUGAAGUUUGUUCAGUUUUAUCAAGAGAAAGGUAUUACUGCGUAUCAUUCAUGUCCAGAAACGCCUGAACAGAACUCAGUCGUGGAACGAAAACAUCAACAUAUUCUAAAUGUUGCUCGAUCCUUGAUGUUUCAGUCUCACGUUCCUCUCUCGUAUUGGGGAGAUUGUGUUCUUACUGCGGUUUUCUUGAUCAACAGAACACCUUCUAAGCUUUUGAAGAACAAGACUCCGUAUGAGUUGCUUACAGGAGAGUCCUGAUUAUACUCAUUUGAAGACUUUUGGCUGUUUAUGCUAUGGCUCUACUUCACAUAAACAACGUCAUAAGUUUCAUCCUCGCUCACGAACCUGUAUCUUUUUGGGUUAUCCUUCCGGAUACAAAGGUGACAAAUUGAUGGAUUUGGAAAGUAACAAGAUAUUUAUAUCUCAGAAUGUUGUGUUUCAUGAAGACUUGUUUCCAUUAAAGACGGAGUCUCCUUUUCAGGUUCCUGAAUGGCUGACAUUGAAGACUUCUGAGAUUCUCAUCCCUCACAUUCAUCAUCCCCUUCCAUCCCUAUUCCUCCAUUAGAAAUUUCUAAAUCUCUCGUUAAGAAAGUUCCAUCUCAUCUUCAAGAUUAUCGUUGUUAUGCCCUUACUCCUAACAAUGAUCAUCCCAUAUCAUCCUGUCUUUCAUAUUCAAACUUUCACCAUUCUCAUAAUGCUUAUAUCAGUUCCAUCACUAAAAUACAUAUUCCUACUUCAUAUGCUGAGGCUCAGAAAGACAAGGAGUGGUGUGAUGUUGUUGAUCUGGAAUUUGGUGCUAUGGAAUCGACUAAUACAUGGGAUGUCACUAGUCUUCCAAAGGGAAAGAAAGCAGUGGGUUGCAGGAUGUUGUAUUCUUUGAAGUUUAAUGCGGAUGGGACUCUUGAUCGGAGGAAGGUGCGUUGUGUAGCUAAGGGAUAUACACAGAAGGAGGGUUUGGAUUAUAACGAAACAUUUUCACAUGUGGCAAAGAUGGUCACGAUCAAAUUGUUGUUGAAAAUCUCUGCUUCCAAGCGUUGGAUAUUGCAACAACUUGAUAUUUCCAAUGCCUUUCUUAAUAGUGAUCUUGAAGCUUCU